CUUCCUGGACUACUCUCACAACUCUGAUUGAAAACCAUGUUGUCGAGCCAGCUCCUCUUGGCGGUGCUCCUGAGCGCCCAGGCCGUCUUGGGCUUCUCGGUGGUCGGCCAGCAGCAGCAGCCACCGCCGCAGGAGAGCACCUGCGAGGCCAACGGUAGUGUGUACUACGUAGGAGAGUGGUACUUCCUGGACUCGGACCAGUGCACUCAAUGCGAGUGCACGGCAGAUGGCUCGCUGUGUUCCCACACUGAGUGCACCAGCCUGCCGGCAGCGUGCAUCCAUGUGAGCCACUAUCCCAGCGACUGCUGCCCCCGUUGCGAGAGAAUCGGGUGCGAGUACCGGGGGGUGGUCUACGAACUUGGGCAAAACUUCCAGCCAACCGAAUGUGAGCAGUGCACGUGCGACAGCGAUGGCAUCGCCCGCUGUUUAGUGGCCGACUGCGCGCCCCCACCGUGCGUCAACCCCGUGUACCAGCCCGGCAAGUGCUGCCCCGAGUGCAAGGAGGGUCCAAACUGCUACCUGGACUCAUCCCGCAGCCGAGUGAUUCCCGCCGGUGAGCCUGUCUGGGUGGACUCAUGCACCAAGUGCCGUUGCCAUGAUGGCCAGGAUGCCGGCUACUGGCAAGGCAACCGCCUGGCGACCUGCUCUCGCCUCAACAACUGCACGCCCGAGCAGUCUGAGACACAAAACUGAAAUGACAUGUCAUCUUGACCAAUGCGCCAAAGACUUUGAUGUUAUUAAAAAAAUAAAAAUAAAAUACAGGCUUUAGGGUAAAAUUUUAGGAUGGGCCUAAAAUACACUCUCAUAAACUCAAAUUAAGUCAUCAGGAAAGGUUACAGUGCAUUUUAAGUCUGAAAUUUCAUCUGAAACCCCAAUAUCCAUCAGUUUUUCUAAAUAUGUAACCUCAUUGUGUAUCUUUUUGACGUAUUUCCUAUCCUGACAAUUAAAGCCAAACUAAACUAGAAAGUCACUCAGGACUCACAGAAAAUGAUAAAAGCACACCAGGUUCAAGCGUUAUUGAAAGCAUGCGUACCAAGGAUUUCGCAUCUAAGACAUGCCUGCCAUCUAGUGGUGAUCGGUAAUAUAACAACCUAAAAAAUGCCCAUCCUGGUUGUAAUCAGUGCCCAUGGCUACGAACGGCAAGCAAGAACCUCUUCUCCUUUGAGAACGAGAUUAAAAUUUACAUGCAUCAA